AUGUCGGAUCCUGUGAUGCUGCAGUCGGCGGUGCGCGUCCCAACGCCGCCGCCAGGAGCCUCGUACUCUCCCCAGCCAUCGAGCACGCGCAAGCGUUCUCCCCCGUCUCGAUCCCCGUCCCCUAAUCGCCGCCGAUCGCCUCCCGGAGACAGCUCGAGAGAUAUCGGAGACGUCCCCCGUCUCGAUUCAGAUCGUGCCCUGGAACGGGAAAGACAACUUGCAGAGAGGCUGCGACAGACGACAGACGCCCCGCGAAAGCCAUUGACCGAGGAGGAAAAGCAAGCCUCAGCCAAGGCCGAAUACGAGAAAUUGCUCAACAUGCGCUCGGGAGGAACGUAUAUCCCGCCUGCUCGGUUGCGCGCUUUGCAGGCUCAGAUCACCGACAAGUCCAGCAAGGAGUACCAAAGAAUGGCGUGGGAAGCUUUGAAGAAGUCGAUCAACGGUUUGAUCAACAAGGUCAACGUGUCCAACAUCAAAUACAUUGUUCCAGAGCUCUUUGGGGAGAACCUCAUUCGCGGACGAGGUCUGUUCUGCCGAAGCAUUAUGAAAGCACAGGCAGCCAGUUUACCCUUCACGCCCAUCUACGCGGCCAUGGUUGCUAUUGUCAAUACCAAGCUUCCCCAGGUGGGAGAACUGCUGCUGGGCCGACUGGUUGUUCAGUUUCGCAAGGCGUUCAAGAGAAACGACAAAGCGGUUUGCAUCUCAUCGACAACUUUUAUUGCGCACUUGUGCAAUCAGCAAGUAGUGCACGAAAUGCUUGCAGCUCAGAUAUUGCUGUUGCUACUUCAUAAACCCACAGACGACAGUGUUGAAAUUGCAGUCGGCUUGACCAGGGAGGUGGGCCAGCAUCUAGAAGAGAUGAGUGGGCCCAUAGCCCUGGCCGUCUUUGACCAAUUUAGAAAUAUUUUACACGAGGCCGACAUCGAUAAGCGAGUGCAAUACAUGAUCGAAGUCUUGUUCCAGGUGCGCAAAGACAAGUACAAGGACAACCCAUCAAUGCGAGAAGAGCUUGACUUGGUGGAAGAAGAAGACCAAAUCACGCAUCGUUUGGGGCUGGACGAUGAGAUGGACACUCAGGAUGGCCUAAAUAUCUUCAAAUUCGACGCCGAGUGGCAAGAGCACGAAGACGCUUACAAAAAGCUCAAAGCAGAAAUUCUCGGCGAGGGAAGUGAUUACGACAGCGACGAUGAAUCGGGAGACAGCUCGGAUGAAGAGGAAGCCGAGGAGGAGAGGCAGAUGGAAAUCAAGGAUCAAAGCAACACUGACCUUGUCAACCUUCGACGAACCAUCUACCUGACUAUCAUGUCCAGCAUUGACUUUGAAGAAUGCUGUCACAAACUAAUGAAGGUUUCCCUUCCGCCGGGCAAGGAGGCGGAGUUGCCGUCGAUGAUUAUUGAAUGCUGCUCUCAGGAGCGCACGUACUCAAAGUUCUACGGACUAAUUGGCGAGCGCUUCGCCAAGCUGAAUCGUAUGUGGUCUGAUCUAUUCGAAGAAUCGUUUGCAAAGUACUACGAAACAAUCCACCGGUACGAAACGAACCGUCUGCGCAAUAUCGCUCGGUUCUUCGGGCACAUCUUGAGCAACGAUGCUGUUGGCUGGCAUGUUCUUUCCAUGAUUCACAUGAACGAGGAAGAAACGACAUCCAGCAGCCGUAUCUUCAUCAAGAUUCUAUUCCAGGACCUCGCAGAGCACCUUGGUAUGGCGAAACUAAGAGAGCGAUUGAUCGACCCUGUGCUCCGACCAAGUUUCGACGGACUGUUCCCUCUGGAUAACCCGCGCAACACUCGUUUCUCGAUCAACUACUUCACCAGCAUUGGCAUGGGUGCUCUGACCGAGGAAAUGCGUGAACAUCUAAAGAAUCUGCCCAAGCCGACGCUCCCUGCGUUACCUGCGGCGCGCGACGAAUCCGACCGCGAGUCGGUCAGCUCGUACUCCAGCUACUCCUCAUACACGGGAUCCUCGCGGUCAUACUCUCGGUCACGCUCACCACGCCGCGAUCGUGACGCCACCCGCGGCCGGUCUUAUACACGAUCAGCCUCUCGGUCCGGAUCAUACUCGCGCUCGCGCUCUCGAUCUCGGACUCCUGCCGGUGCUGCUCGCCGCGGCCGAUCCUACACGCGAUCUCCAUCUCGCUCUCGCUCACGCUCACGCUCGGUCUCGGGCUCUCGAUCGCCUGUACGAGCCCGCAACCGCGCACGAUCCUACUCGCGCUCUCCAUCUCGGUCUCGCUCUCGAUCCCGUCCGCGGUCGUAUUCGCGCUCUCCUGUGCGUCGGGGUGCUGCUGCUGCUGCUGCUGCUCCGCGCGGGCGUUCGUACACGCGCUCCCCUUCUCGGUCGCGGUCUCGGUCUCGAAGCGUUACACCUCCGCCUCGGGCUUCGCGGCGGUGA